AUGUCUGAGGGCCAGAAGGGCGUGGCCCCUGUCCCGGAGGGCGAGACUUUUAACCCUGACUAUUCGAAUCCGUGGCUGUAUCUUGAGAACCGCGCGGUGAUUAUUGCUGGCCUUGUCUUUUGUACGACGUGCCUGGCAUUGCGGGUUUAUACCAAGGCUGCCCUGCUGAACAAGCUGGGCUGGGAUGAUGUGUCAAUAGUAGGUGCUUGGGUCUUCUCCAUAGCAACUCAAGCCGUGUGUCUCUAUGGAUACACACACGGCGGCCUCGGCAUACACCUUUGGAAUGUCACGCCGCAGGUGUUCCUGGAAUACCAAAAGACCGUCUUCGUCGCCGGCAUCGUCUACGUCCCCGCCCUAGCCCUCGCCAAAGCCUCCCUCAUCAUAAUCUACUACCGCAUCGUCGCCCAGCGAAGAUUCUACCGAUACUGUCUGUACGUCAUCGCGGCCGUGGUCGUAGGCUACAGUGUGGCCAUUGCCUUUGCGCUGAUAUUCGCGUGCAAACCGAUUGCGAGGGCGUGGAACACGAGUAUUGAUGGGACGUGUAUUGACCAGAAGGGCCUAUACACUGCGACGGCGGUCACGAAUACGGUUACCGAUGUGGCGUUGCUGAUUGUGCCUCUGCCCGUUUUGGCCAGCUUGAAUAUGCCGACGAUUCAGAAGGUUGGGUUGUUUUUUAUGUUUGUUGUUGGUUGCGCAACCGUGAUAACAAGUAUCAUCCGCCUGGUCACCCUCUUCCCCUUCCUACAGUCCUCCGACCCAACAUACCGCAUCGCCUGGACAGAUAUCUGGAUCAACGUCGAAUCAAACUUCAUAAUCAUCUGCCCAUGCCUCCCCUUCCUCCGACACUUCCUCCGCCGCUACGCCCCCAAGCUCAUCGGCGAGAACUCAUCCGCUGCGCGCUACUUCAAGAACUACGCCAGCUACGGCAAGACAGGCGGAAACACGACGCUGCGGUCGUGGCGGCGGCCGAGGGGCGAGCAUACGGUGCUUACUGACGAGGUGGAACUUGCGGAGAAUGGCGACGAGAUGGCGGAUUCGCAUUCUGCUUCUGGUGCGGGAGGCGUGAGGAUUUUCAAGGAGGUGCAGUGGGAUGUUACGGAGGAGAGGAGCGACAGGGUUUCGGAUCCUGAUGGUGUCAGGGAGGAGAAUGUACGGCAUGUUGCGCCGGGGGUGUAG